AUUAUUCAUUUAACUUACCUUGUGUGUGUGUGAUCAACAACUGUGCACAACUGAUGUACAAUAUUGUUCUACAUGACUAUUUAUAGUCAAAGGUUAAUGACUUCACACAGACAUGUUCAGACAUGUCUGGUCAUGCAUAGCUGCACACACGCGUCAUACAUGAAUGCAUUCAGUUGCAUGUCUAAACACUGCAAACUUAGUUUGCCAGCAGACACGAUGGGAGUCAAGUCAAUAGGACAAGAAAUGAAAAUAAUUAUAGUAUUUGUUACAUUCAUAAUAUACACAAUUAGUAUGAUAUUACUCUUAUACUAUACUCUGAGUACUUGUACAUUGCACAAUAUUAGAGUUGAAAAUGUGUUAAAUUUUUCAUCAUUAAACCAAUCUGUAAAAGACAGCAGCAGCAGUACUGCCAAUUUAAGCGUAAAAGCUUAUAAUAAAGCACAUAUAUUAUCUUAUAUAAGACUAUGUGUUCAAUCUCAAAUGAAUUAUAAAACAUCGAAAUUAUUUGAUGAUGGACUAGACAAAUGGUAUGCUUAUAUGAAUGAUCAACGUAAGGUUAUUUGUAAUUUUUUCAACAAUUAUACAGCAUUGAACAGUUGUAUAAACAUAAACCCAUCGUCUGGUGAUAGUAUUUCGAAUUUUCUACUAAUAACAACAUUACAACUUUGUAAUAUUUUUGAUAGCGAGCCGGAGCCGGCAACGGUUAGGUCUUAAGGGGAUUAACUAAUUUCUAUUUAGUCAGGUUUCAACAUUGCUAUUGAAAGGAUGGUAGCAAAAAAGUCUUGCCUUCGUCGUCGACGAGUGCGACGUAAAAUUGGCACUGGUAUUUUAUCGAAACUUAGCGGAUUUGCAUCAACCGCCCUUAAUAAAAUUGUCGAUACAUUACCCCUGGAGUUGCAUAUCCCCUCCUACCGCUUUUGCGGACCCGGCACCAAAUUAGAUAAAAGAUUAAGGAGGGGGGACAAAGGAAUAAAUAGUCUGGAUGAAGCAUGUAAAGCGCAUGAUAUAGCGUAUGCGCAGCAUAGUGAUAAUUCGUCGCGAAAUGUGGCUGAUCGUCGUUUGGCUGAUAAAGCAUGGUCUGUUUUUAAAAAUCCAAACACAGGUUUAACUGAAAAAGCAGCCGCAUACUUAGUUACAAAUUUGAUCAAAGCUAAAGCUGCCUUUGGAGGGGGCAGAGUACAACGGAGGAUAAGAAAACGGCGGCGGCGGAAUAAUAGAAGAGAAGGUUGGAAAAAUAAUUCAUCACUACAAGAACAAAGAAGUGCACAUUUACGACAAAAAGCAAUUAAACAUUUAAGUAAGCACAUAGCUGGUCAAGGUUUUUAUUUAAGACCAUAUGCGCCCUUGUAUAAAGGCGGUAGAAUCAUUGAAUCACCAAGUCCAUCACAAAGAAGAAGGAGAAACACAACAAAGAAGAGGAGGAGGAGGAGAAGAGCACCAAAGAAAGUGAGAAAAUGAAGAGAAUUAUUAAUAUACAAGGACCACUGUCAAAUUAUGAUCUACUAGAUUGGGCUGAUAUUUUAGAUAUUAAAUUGCGUGGAAUUUAUAUGAUUGAUACAUUGCCAAAAAGAAUUAAUUUAAAUGAAAAAUCGAUCAUAAAUUUAGACUCGAUCAUGAACAGUGGAACACACUGGGUGGCUUACAAAAAACAUGCACAAAAAGUAUAUUAUUUUGAUCCAAUUGGUAAUUUACAGCCGCCCAUACAAUUGAUAAACUAUUUCAAACAACAACCAAAUGUUGAAAUUUAUUUCAAUUAUGAUCAAUUACAAACACUAAAUAGUAAUGUAUGUGGUCAUUUUUGUCUUUUAUUUCUUGCAGAUGCGUUAUAGCAGUCAGUUCACUUGUAGAUGUGUAUGAAAGAAGGUGGUGGUGGUAAAACAGUAGUAGUAGUACACAAUGGUUGUAAUAACAUUAUCAUCUAAAGACAGUAGCAGCAGCAGUUGUUUAAUUGAAGUACUUCCCACUGUACUAGAGCUAGACGCACGCUAUCAAUAUGAAAUUGGAUUGAUUAAUUUAUGGACAUACAAUAGUGUACCGAAUAUAAUUAAAAAUGUCAACUCAUCUUUUAAGUAUGGUGAUAGCUUGAUUGAUUUGGAUACAGGCUCCUACGAAAUUGAUCGUAUAAUAAAUGAAAUAAAGAGAAAAUUGAAUGUUGAUAGUUCAAAUCUAAUUAUACAAGGAAAUAAUACGACAAUGCUAUGUGAAUUGAAAGCGGAUAAAGAUGUUGAUUUAACAAUGAACACAUCACUAGCCGAUAUACUCGGUUUUGAUAGAGAAAUUCUUGUAGCAAAUAAAUGGCAUUAUUCUAAACGUUUAGUAUCCAUUACAAAUAUAACAUCGUUCCAGGUUACUUGUAAUAUUGCAUGCGGUAGUUAUCGAAAUGGGCAAGAGGUUCAUACAAUUUUUGAAUUUCUACCAAAGGUUGCACCUGGUUUUCUAAUAAAUGAAUCACCAUCGCCAAUUAUUUACUUUCCAUUAAACACGCACAGAAUUCAAUCUAUUGUAAUUCAAGUAGUUGAUCAGAAUGGUAAACUAGUUGAUUUCCGCGGCGAUAGUAUAACAAUAAGAGUACACAUUAGAAAGAAGGAAUAGAGAG